AUGUACAGCAUCACAUGCAGACACACAGGCGAGAAGCCAUACAAGUGCAACGUCUGCCCUAUGGAGUUCAUCCAUAGCACAAACCUACAUCGUCACAAGCAGACGCACACAGGUUGGAAUGUGAACAAUGCAGUGCCUGCUACAUGGGAGAAUCUGGAAGAAAGAACAAGAGAAACCACUGCUUUGCUCCACGUGAACAACCAGCCCAGAGGCACUUGUGACCACAAACCUUCAGGAUGUACUUCUUCAAAGGCACAGUUGAAGGUCAGCACAAUAACCGUUGAACCACAAUUCCACAACACUCUACUAGCCACUACAAACGAUCGAUCCACUGUGCGUCUUCCAGGCCAGAGGAAGUUAUGUGCACUUGCAUACAUGUCGAAAGACAGCCCGAGACACCACAUGUAUCCACAGUGUCACAAUGAGUCUGAAAUAUGUCUAGCUAUUCCAUCGGAUGUUCAGAUGGGAGAGGAAGGUUCUUUGCUUGACAUCUGUCCCCCUGCAUCCUUACAGUCUCGGAGUGACGAGAGCCACGCGUCAAAGCAUACCGAAGGGAAGUCAUGCAUCUCCGAUCUUUGUCCUGCACAGCUCCGCCAGAGCAGGAGCCUGUGGAGUCACAGUCGAACACAUACGGUGAAGAAGUUGCACAGGAGCGACCUCUGCCCGGCGAAAUUUAGGCAGAUUGCGCAUCCGCGACGUCGCAAGCGAGCACACAGUGACGAAAAGCCAUACAUGUGCGACACCUGCCCGGCAAAGUUCAUCCAGAGCGGCGGGAGUCUACAGCGUCACAAGCAGACAGACACGGGCGAGAAACCAUACAGGUGCGAUGUCUGCUCUGAGGAGUUCAGCCUGAGUGGUCACCUGCAGAAUCACAAGCACGCACACACGGGCGAGAAGCCAUACAAGUGCGAUCGGACACACACGGGCGAGAAGCCAUACAACUGCGAUGUCUGCCAUGCGGAGUUCAGUCAGAGAGGGCACCUACAGGAUCACAAGCGGACACACACAGUGUCACAAGCGGAUACACACAGGCGAGAAGCCAUACAAGUGCGAUGUCUGCCCUGUGGAGUUCAGCCGGAGUGGGCACCUGCAGAAUCACAAGCACGGGUGAGAAACCAUACAAGUGCGACGUCUGCCCUGCGGAGUUCACCCAAAAAGAGCACGUACAGCGGCACAAGCGGACACACACAGGUGAGAAGCCAUACAAAUGCGAUCUCUGCCCAGCUCAGUUUGGUCAUAGCGCCACCCUACAGGAUCACAAGCGGAUACACACGGGCGAGAAGCCAUACAAGUGUGACGUCUGCCCUGCGGAGUUCAGUCACAGAGGGCAUCUACAGGAUCACAAGCAGACACACACAGUGUCACAAGCGGAUACACACAGGCGAGAAGCCAUACAAGUGCGAUGUCUGCCCUGCGGAGUUCAGCCGGAGUGGUCACCUGCAGAAUCACAAGCACACACACACGGGUGAGAAACCAUACAAGUGUGACGUCUGCCCUGCAGAGUUCACCCGGAAAGAGCACGUACAGCGGCACAAGCGGACACACACAGGCGAGAAGCCAUACAAAUGCGAUCUCUGCCCGGCUCAGUUUGGUCAUAGCGCGACCCUACAGGAUCACAAGCGGUCACACACAGGUGAGAAGCCAUACAAGUGUGACGUCUGCUCUGCGGAGUUCAGACGGAGUGGGCUCCUAAAGUGUCACAAGCGGAUACACACAGGCGAGAAGCCAUACAAGUGCGAUAUCUGCACUGCAGUGUUCAGCCAGGGAUCGACCCUACAGGAUCACAAGCGGACACACACGGGCGAGAAGCCAUACAAAUGUGAUGUCUGCCCUGCAGAGUUCAAACAGAGAGGGCACCUACAGGAUCACAAGCGGACACACACGCGAGAAGCCAUACAAGUGCUCUAUCUGACCUGCAGAGUUCUGCCGGAGUGGUCACCUGCAGAAUCGCAAGCGCACACAUACUGGUGAGAAACCGUACAAGAGCGACGUCUACCCUGCGGAGUUCAGCCAGAGAGAGCACGUAAAGCGGCACACGCGGGCGAGAAGGCAUACAAAUGCGAUCUCUGUCCUAGAGAGUUCAGCCACAAGCCUGUUGUACCACAAGCGGGCACACACAGACAAGAAGUCCCACAAGUGCGAUCUCUGCCCUGAGGUUUUUCAGCCAGAGCGGUCGCCUAAAGUGUCACAAGCAGACACACAUGGGUGAGAAACAAUGCAGGUGAAAUAUCUGCCCUGUGGAGUUCAGCUGAAGUGACAAUCUACAGAAUCACAGGCGGACACACACAGGCGAGAAAACCAUACCAGUGCGACUUCUGUCCCGAAGGGUUCAAUCAGAGACACUACCAACAGCAGCACAAACACACACAGGGUGGACGAGGAGCCAUACAAGUGUGCGGCUUCAUGCCCUGUGGUCCAGCCUAAGUGGGCACCUACAGGAUCAAUUCAACAAGAGCACAAAGGUGCGGAAUAACAAGUGGAGUCACGAGGUCGUGAAGCCGUACCAGUGCGAUAUCUGUCCUGGAAACUUAAAUCAGAGCAUAAGUCUGUCGUGUCACAAGCGAAAACACACUUGCAAGAAACCCUACACGUGCAAACUUUAUCACUUAAAGUUCCGCCAUGGAACAAAGCUACAGCGCCAUAUGCGGACGAGAAGCCAUGCUCAAGUGCUAUGUGCCAAGUUCAACCAGAACACGGAUCUUCACGACCAUAACUGAACACACAUGGGCAAAAAGCCAUACAAGUGCAGGUGCUGUCCUGCAGGGUUCACCCGCAGCACGAUUUACGGUGUCACAAGCAGAUACAUAUGACUGUGGACCCUUGCAUGUGGGAUGCGUGCUCUGCAGAAUUUGCCCACAGCACGGGCCUGGAGCAUCACAAGUAGACACAGACAGGCGGGAAGUCAUACAGAAGCAUUGUCUGUGCUGCAGACUUGAGACAGAACACACACCUGAAGCAUUACGAAUAGACGUACAUGGGUGCGACAGCCCUACAGAUGCAAACUCUGCCGUGCUGGUUCAGCCACAGGAUGAACAGACACUAGCCAGAGAACAAAAUAAGUGCUUGCAGAGCACGAGCUAGUUCAGCCAGAGGAGGAACCUGUGGCUUCAGAUGUAGCCACGAGACACUUGGUAUUGAGGCUGUGCAAGUACAGAGGCCACAUACUCCUACACAUGAAGAAGUCUGUCCAAGUGUAAAAUCUGUUAUGUCACAUGUGCUAAACCCAGAUACCUGAAGAAGCACAUGGUAACAGAGAGCAAAGAGCGUACAAAUACUGUCUGUAUCCCGUCGCAUUUUAUUUCUGUUGGAUGUUUUUACACUCGCACGCAUGAACAGACUGAGGGUCAGAAAGAGUUGGCCGGGACCUGGGUUGGGUGGUGAUGCAUGUGAAAUGUUAGGAACCCCACUGCUGGGGGAGAUAAACCAACAUGUUAAAGACGUCCUCACACAGGCUCUGAAGCAGCAUGCUCUGAUAUUGUUCCUUUCUCCUUUUAUAUUCCUCUUGUCACGAAUGCGUAUCUUCUUCAUGGGUGACUAACGAUUCCCCAGAGGAACAUAGACAAGAGAGGUAAGGGAAACGCAAGUGUUUGUGCUGUCUUACAUACCUUGUCCUUGUUCCUUUGGCACUUGGUUGUUCAAUCAGGGAUAGUCACCAAGAAGCCCAAACCUCUACCAUUGUGCUUAUCUUCUUCGAUUGUUCUAUGUCCUACGUCCCGUCGGUUGGUAAAAUGAACGAAUAAAUCAACCCAAAGCAAUAAAAAAAUAAUUUACUACCACUUAGAUGUGUCAACUUGUAAUCAAAAUCCCGAGAUUUCCCUUUUGUGUCACGACCAAACUAAAUAUCAAUUGUAUACACGCAAAAUAAAUUAAAACCCUCUCCACUGUAGAGCACCUCAUAGUGAUGCGCUCGAAGAGACUAUGCAGGAAGGAAUUGACAGCACACAGUAGGCAGCCGUUCUCCAUUUCGUUUCAUGCCUUAGUCCGAAGAGACUCGACGGAUUCCACACUGCAGUGAGGACUACAACUUUUUCCGCCGUUAUUAAUCCUUUUGUCGUACAUUUUAAUCCUUAUACUAUUCAAUCCCUUUGCCAUCUGAAUUAAUCCGCAUUUCACAUAGUUUAAUCCACUUUCCAUGCAAUUUAAUCCAAGUGACUAUGUGUGGGCUACGUGACUUUUUUCUGUAUUGUGGGACAGUUCCCAUGUGUACAGGAUUGCACAUGCAUUUUAUUAAUAAUGUGGGUUUCUGCACCAUAAUGGGAUACUGUGGGACAGUUAACCUGCAUUACUGUAUUGUGGGGCUAUUCCCAUGUCUACGGGUUUUACCCAUGGUUUUCAUUAAAAACGUGGGUUUCUGCACUGUAAUGAGAUACUGUGGGCCUGCCAAUCUGGAUUGCGAUAUUGUGGGACUAUUUCCAUGUCUACAGGUAUUACUGAAGCUUUUAUUGAAAAAGUUGGUUGUAAUGAUAUACUGUGGGACUGUGUAUAUGGAUUACCAUAUUGUGGGACUAUUCCUAUGUGACGGGUAUUACCCAUGCUUUUCAUUACUUAUGCGGGUUUCUGCAAUGUAAUGGGAUACUGUGGGACUGUUGAUCUUGAUUACGAUAUCCUGGGACUAUAAGCAAGUCUACGCGUAUUCCCCGGGCUUUCCAUUAAAAACGCGUUUUCCACACUGUAAUGGGAUACUACGGGACCGUCAAUCUGAAUUACGAUAUUGUGGGACUAUUUCCAUGCCUAUGGGUAUCUCCUAUGCUUUUCAUUCAAGAUGCGGGUUUCUGAAGUACAACGGGAUACUGUGGGACUGUCUAUCUUGAUCAGGAUAUUAUUUGAGCAGAGUUGAUCCAACGCUCGAUUUCCGCAUGCCACGAAACACCUCUCGUCAAGAUGCUGCGUUAAUCCACCGAAUGCGACUCGAUGUGGCCUCUACAGCUCAGUGGCGUUACCGCUUGAGACAAGUUGACUCUCCCACCUGCUGCCACUGUGGUGCUCUAGAGGAUCUGGAGCACAUUCUUCUUCAUUGCCCUCACUACCAACCUUCCCGAACCGCACUCUCCGAGUCUCUUCGUCAGCUGGACUCUCACCCCUUCUCUGUCGAAAUUGCUUGGUCCCUGGCCCAAUCCAGCCCAGCAACGAUCAGCGCUCAAAGCCCUUUUGACAUUUCUGGGCACCAUCGGACUCCGAUCGUCAUUGUGAAGGGGCUCAGUAUUUCAUUCCCCACAUCCCCACCAGUAAUGGGGUAGAGUAUCGCCUCUGGCUAUGAACCACCCCACUCUCCUUCUGAAAAUAAAGUUGUUGUUGUUGAGAGAGAGAGGUAGGAAGGGGAGGGAGGGCAUAUGUGUGUGCGUGUGUCGCGGUUGUCUUUGUGCCACUGACACGGCGACCUUCUGACGUGUUCCCGUUCACACAACACAGUACACUUCGAAGCAGAUCAAGAUGUGAACGAUUAUUGAUUGCCAAUAGAGGAAACAAUAUAAAAAGCAAGUGAAUCAUAAUUGCAAUUGCUGCCUUGAAAUUGCAAAACUUGCAUGUUACCGGUCUUUGUCUGAUAAUGCGUGCGUAUCUUUGCAUUGUAGUUGCAGAAGAAAAUUAUUAAAAAAAUACAUUCUGA